AUGGAUUACUCUAGUCACAAUACCGGCUACGAGGGUAACGAUGACGACGAGCAUGUGGACGAAGAGGAGGAGGAGGAGGAAUACGACGAGGAGGAGGACGAGGAGAGGGGUGUGCCGAACAUGCUGGCGUUUAUGCUAGGGAACGUGAACGACGAGGGUUCGCUGGAGGAGGAGUACAUGGAUGAGGAGGCGAGGGAUCACUUAGCUGGAUUGGCGGACCAGCUCGGUCCAGCCUUGGCUGACAUGGAGUUUGAGGCGCGGUCAGGGGCCGGGCAAGCUGGUGAUGAUGAUGAUGACUACGACCGGAAAGCAGACGAUGCAGAGGACUAUGAGGAUAUAGACGAGGCGUUUGAGGAGGACGAUGCUGGCGCUGGUAGCAGCGGUGCUGGUGCUGGUGCUGCUGCUGCUCCUGCUGCUGCUGGUGGCGAUGCUGGUGGAAGUGGGUUCGAUUAUGCUGCUGGGCUGGAAGCAGUUGGUGCGGGUGAUGCAGGGGAGGAAGAGGAUUAUGACCUGGAGGAGGAGAUGGAGGGGGAGGAGGAGAGGGAGGAGGAAGCGGAGGAGGCAGCGGGACAGGGCGCAGGGAAAGGGGGGUUUGAGGAUGGGAACAUGGGUGCAGUUGGAGGGGGAGAGGCUGCAAUCGAGGGGAGUGCGGAGCAGGAGGAGGAAGAGGAAGAGGUGGACGAGGGAGAAGGAGAAGAGGAAGAAGAGGAGGACGGGGAGGAGGAAGAGGAAGUGGAGGAGGAGGAGGGGAUGGAGGAGGAUGAGGAGGAAAAACGGGAGGAGGUGACAGGGUUGGAGCUGGAGUUUGGGGAUAUGGGGAAUGUGGAGAUUGGGGCAGAAGAGGGAAUAGAAGGGCAAGAGGAGGAAGAGGAGGCAGAGGAUGAGGAGGAUGAGGAAGAGGGUGAGGGUGAGGGUGAAGGGGAUCAAGAGAAGGAGGCGGAGGAAGAGGAGGAGGCAGGCAUUGAUCCUGGAUUCGGAGAGGAAGGAUUUGGAGGGAUGGAACAAGACGAGCAGCAGCAGCAGGAAGAAGUGAGGCAAGGAGAGGAGGAAGAAGAGGAGGACGAUGAGGAUGAGGAACUUGAUGGGCUUCUGGACGAGUUGGAGGAGGCUGGGCAGGCAGAUAGAGCAGAGGAGGAACGGGUGGGAGAGGAGGGAGGAGACGGAGGAGGUGAAGAGGAGGAGGACGGAGAAGGGGGUGCAGAAGGGCAGGGGGAAGGAGAAGAGGAAGGAAGCGAGGAGGAGGAGGAUUCUGAUGAAGAUGGGGGAGAGGGUGAAGAAGAGGAGGGUGGUGAGGAAGCAGGGGAGGAUGGUAGGGAGGGGAUGGAGGAGGGAGGUGGAGGGGAGGACGAAGCUGCAUUUGCGUCUCAAGGCUAUGAGGCUGAAGAUUCUGCAUUGCCGACCACCCCUGGCGAAUUGGGAUUCACAGAGGACGAAGAAGAGGACGAGGAUGAGGAGGAGGAGGAGGAGGAGGAGGAGGAAGCGGAGGGUGCAGUAGAGGGGGUUGAGGAUGAGGGGGAGGAGGAUGAGGAGGAGGAGGGGGACGAGGAAGGGGAGGAGGAGGAAGACGAGGAAGAGGAAGAGGAAGGAGCGGAAGGAGAGGACGAUGGAAAGAUGGAGGAGGAGGAAGGGGAUGGGCUAGAUGAGGGGUUGGAUGAAGAGGAGGAAGGAGAGGCGGGCACACAGGGCUCACUGGAUGAAGGGUUGGAUGAUCAUGAGGAAGCUGAGGAGGAUGAGGAGGAGGAGAAAGGGGAUGAGGAGGAGGAGCACGAAGAGGAGGAAGAAGAGGAGGGGGGUGAAGAGGAGGAGGAGGAGGAAGAGGAAGGCAAAGAAGGUGAAGAUGGAGAUAAUGAGGUAGGGGGAGAUAGAGGGGAGGACGAUGGAGGUAUUGGUCAAGAGGAAGAGGAGGAUGAGGACGAGGAUACAGAGGAGGGAGGGGAAGAGGCAGAGGAGGGAGGAGAAGAAGAGGAGGCAGAGGAGGAGGGAGGGGAGGAAGAGGAAGCAGAGGAAGAGGGAGUGGCGGAAGAGGAGGCAGAGGAGGAGGAGGGAGGGGAGGAAGUGGACGGAGAAGUUGAGGGAGAGGGUGUGGGAGAAGAGUAUGGGAAGGAGGGAGAUGAGGAGGAGGAGGACAAUGAAGGAGCAGAGGAGCAGGAGGACGAUUUGGAGGCGGACUUAGAAGCAGCGUUGGAGGAGGCAAUGGAUGAGGGUGAACGGGAGGGGGAUAGGGGGAUGGAUGAGGGGGAGGGGGGUUUGGAUGAUGGGGAGGAGGGAGGAGAAGGGGAGGAAGGGGCAGGAGAGGAGGACGAGGAGGAUGAGGAGGAGAAAGAGAGUGCUGAAGGUGGUGCUGCUGCAGAUGAGGAGGCAGGUGGUGUUGUGGCAGGCAGCGGAGAGGGAAUGGUAGGAGGACAGUGGGCAGCUGGUGACAUGGUUGCAGGGAGUGAGGAAGGAGGACAGGGAGAAGAAGAGCAGGGAGUGAGGGGCGAGGCAGAGAGUGGAGGUGCUGCUGUCAAGGGUGCGGAGGAGGCAGAUGGGGGGGUUGGGGGGGAGAGGGAGGAUGAGGAGAUGAGAGAACAGGAGGAUGCUGAUGGUGAAGGGGAAGGUGUGGAAGGGGGAGAAGAGGGCGGUGGGCAGCAGGGCAUGGGUGCUGGUGACGGUGAGACGGAUGCAAUGGAUUGGGCUGGGGAAGGAGAGGGGGAAGGGUCAGGGGAGGAGGAGGGGCUGGAUGGAGGGAGGGGAGACGACGAGGGAGAGGAGGGAGAGGCGGAGGGAAAGGAGGAGGAGGGGAAGCGGAGGAGUGAGCUGCCGGUGCUGUUCAAGGAAGGGGGCAAGGAUGUGUUGCGCUUCUCAGACAUCUUUGGCAUCAAGGGCUCCUUCUGGUCGCUCGUCGUGCAGCGAGGGUCCCGCCCCAAGCGCCACCGCGUGCUGCCUCGUGCGCCUACUGUGUGUGAUCCAGGGCAAGAGGACGAUGAGGUGCUUCUUCGAUCUGCACCGUCACCGAAACGAACAGCUGAGAUGAUGCGAGAGCGAGCUAUUGCUCUUGAGAAAGAGCUACAAUAUCAAGAAAUGUUGGAGAGGGAGGAGGAAGAGGAGGAGGAAGAAGAAGACGAGGAAGAUGAGGAAGAAACAGACGAAGAGGAAGAGGAUGAGGUAGAAGAAGAGGUAGAAUCAGAAGAAGAAGAAGAGGAAGAGGAAGAAGAAGAGGGAGAAGCUGCGGAGGAUGAGGGGGAAAAGGAUGAAAUAGAAUUCAGGGAACAAGAGGCGAUUGGUGCUCAGAUGAAAGAAGAGCGGAAACCAGCAGCAAGGGAGGAGGAGAAGGAGGAGCGGUUGGAGGAAGAGGAGAAUCAGGCCGUAUCUGAAAGAGCUAGGAUAGAGGAGGGUCGAGAAUGGAACAAGGAGGGAAUGGAUGAAAUGGAGAGGGAAAUUAUGAAAGAGGGAAGGGAGGGUGAGGGCGAGGGUGAGGGGCCAGCGGAAGAGGAGAGGGCAAGGAUUGAGGAAAAGAGGAGUGCUGGAGAGGAGGAUGAAAGGGACGGUCAGGAGCAGGGGCAAGCUGAAAGUGACGAGGGAGAGAAAGAUGGGAGUGCGGACGAGGGGAAUGAGAAAAAUGAAGAUGUGGAGAAGGGAGAGAAAGGUGGGAAUGUGGAGAAGGGAGGGUUCAAUGAGAAGGAUCAACGGCCGAAGGAGGAAGGCUUGAGAGGUGAUGCUGAGGUGGCAAUGGAAGGGGACAGGGCAAGGGUUGAGGAAAAGGGGAAUAAUGGAGAGGAGGAUAAUUGGGAGAAGAAAAGGGUUGAGGAGAAGAGGGAUAGGGAAGAGGAGCCUCGGACCACUCUUGAGACGCCUUCAAGCACUUUGGAGGGCGAGCCUAGAGGGCUAGAGGGCGGCGGCUCAGAGAAAGAAACUAGGUAUGAGGGAGCGAGUGAGGGAAAGAGUGAGGGAGGGAGUGAGGGGACGAGUGCGGGUAUGGUGGAUGUGACGAAGGAUGAGCGGGUCAAGGUUGAGGAGGAGAGAGGAGGUGGGAGGGAGGAAGAGGAGGCGAAAAUAGGAGAAGGAGAUGGGGCAGGAGGGGCCAGUGCUGAAGGGGCAAGUGCUUCAGGGGCGAAUACAGCAGUGGAAAAUGGAGAAAAAUCAGGAGGGGAGGCAGGAGGUGGAGUGAAGCAGGUGGUUGGAGAGGGUAUGGAGACGCAGGAGAUGGAAGUGGAGCGAGCAGAGGUGGGGCAGGGUGACUUGGGGGAGGUGGGGACUGGGCAGGGUGACAGAGGGGAGGUGGGAAGUGGGCAGAGUAACACAGGGGCAGGGGCAGCGGUGGGGCCUGGAGAGCAGGACAUGGGGGUUGGAGAGGGCACGGAGAAAGGGGUUGAAACCAGCAAGAUGGAGGUUGAGAAGUCAAAUGUUGAGACUUCUCAAAGCCCUAUAAGGGCUGGAAAGGACAAGGAGAGAGGGGCUGACACUGGCAACAUGGAGGUUGAGAAAUCAGGGGAGGAUGUUGAAGGGGCUGGAAGGCGUAUUGGUGGGGGCGAUGGGGGAGAGACUGCACGCAUGGACGUGGACCAAUCUGAAGGGGUAGGGGUGGAGCAGAGGGAAGGUGAGGGGCUAGGGGCGGAGUGCCAGGGAUUGCGUGGUGCUGCUAGAGGAAGCUGUUUUGGGGGCGUGUCAACAGGGGCCUGA